AUGUCAACUAAGAUGCCCGAACCUAAUCGUCCUAUUGAAGUACGAUGGCUCUCCGGUGAUGUCGUCAACAAUGAAUUCGAAAACUGUUUAAAACAGCGGUGGAGUCAACUUUCUUCUAAAGAUUCAAUUACCGGAAUUCGUGAUAUGCAUCAAUUUGAUGCAGAUACAAAUGGAUCCAUUUCAUGUCGUCGAACUUCACAAUCAAUUCGUACUACGAUCCAUACAUUUAAAAUGCCACCUACUCCUCGAUUAACUGCUAGUCGAAACACCACCGAUGGACAUUAA